CACUCACUUAGACAUAUUAUAAUUAUUUAAUAACUGUGUCUUUGCUGCUCUUUAGCUCUUCCAACGCUCAGCUCAGCUGUUUUUUCGCAAUUUACAGUUGUACAUUCACUACGCUCUUCAAACAGCAACACCGUUGACAACACCACAACUCACCACACGUAAACUACCUUCAUAAAUACUAGCUGUUAUUCACCAAAUCACCAAACAACAAUAACAACAACAACACAUAAAAUGUGAUCGAACCAAACUCGUUUGCGCCAUCGACGCUUUGGCAAUUUAACUGCGGCAGCAUCAGCGCUCGCUCCUUCCAGCCAGUCUCAUUUCGUCUGCGCUACAGCGCUGAGUGCGUUUUCUAGUGGUCGUUAAGUGAACGUGACUGGCGUGCGACAGCUACCGACGGUAUAAGCGCGGCCCCGAACAAAAUCAAUAGUUUAUGUGUAUAUAUAGAUAUAUAUAGAAAAAUUUGUGUAUGCUUGUAUGUGUGUGGGUACAUUAUUGUGUUGGAAAAAAUAAAAAUUUAUAUGUAUGUGUGUGUGCGGCGCGUGUAUAUAGCAUAUAUUUUGCUCUAAGGCAUUCGCGUGUUCGUGUGUGUGCGAGGUUUUGCAAAUGAAACGAAACGCAAACCAAAUGAAAAAGUGCAUAAAAAUGCAGCAGCAGCAGCAAUAAUUGUCAGCGACAACAACAACAACAAAAGCAGUAACAGCAGUUGCAAAAGUAAAUUUCUUUCAGUGCAAUAAAUUCGGAUAUAAGCGCGGGGAAGUCUAAAAAUUUUCAUAGAAAAAUUAACGAAGACUUUAGUGAUCUGAGAAAAUUGUUAACGAAAGCCUCAAGAUACGUGAUUUCUAUAAUUUGUGCCCACUGUGGCACCAAAAACAGCAAGAAUCAACGAAUAUUUUACCAACUAAAUUUGAAAAUAUGCAGCAUGUAAAUCAAGCUCACCACCAACUUUAGGCUUCUGCAAACGCACUUUCUGUCGUUGUCGUCAAAGCAGCAUCUACAUUUUUCUCACCACCACCGCAUUCAGCAUGUCGCACCAGACCGCACGCCGCGCACAAGCGCCUACAAGUCUCGAGUGUCCGCUAGCAUCAUUGGGACGCAACAGUAGCACCGUCAUCGAUUCGCUGACGGGACAUCAUCAACCGCCAUAUCAUCAUCCGCUCAGUUCCAGUCCACUCGAUCCGCAGGUCUAUCAAAUGUCACGCAAAUCGCCGGACCUCAGCAUCGAUGCGGACGAUAUCAUCUACACACCAUCGGCUUCGCAACAAGGUGAUACCGUAGAUGGACUGCUCAAUGAAUUGGUUAACAUUGAAGAAGAUGCGGAAACUGCUGCAGUAGCUGCAUCGGCGCUGAAUGCGACCGCGCAACGUAAUCACACCCUACCAGAAAUGUAUCAGUUGCCACAUAGCAGCUCACAUGGCGGUGGUACAACAGCCGGUCGUAUAACUAGACAUCAGGGUGGACGUUGCAGCGUACCAACGGUGUCAAGUGCGGUCAAUGGUAGUAGCACACGUAAUAUGCAAUACUUUUUGGAGAAGAAAAUGGACGCGCUCUACUUGGGCAAUGCGAUACGCGCGCUUCCCUUGGGAUCGGAGGCGAGUCAUUUUCAGAAUGAGCGCUAUUUUCUCGAAGACGGACUGCGUAAUAUAUGCAAUUAUAAUAAUGGCACCGAACGACUAGCGGACGCGCACUACUUGCGCCAUCACGCCUCCAGUCCCAGCGAAACGAGCGGUUCCGAUCGUUACCUGCUAAAUCGCACCGGUUCACCGACGGAUGCAUUCAGCUCUUCCAAUCAUUUGGAAAAUUUUGCCAACACCAGCAACAAUACCACAUCCUCUAACCUUGCGCUGGAUCAACGUUUCCACCAUACCAAAGUGAAAAGUCUCUCCGAUGGGCUCUGCAACAUCGGACGCUUCUCACCUAGUCUGGAUCAAGGUUAUGCCACGCUUGUUUCGCCCUCGCCAACGGGUCAUCAUCCAAACACAAUCACAACGCAUAGCAUCGUACACCACCCACCGCCGUCGACGACCACUUUAACAGCAGUGACACGCACACGACACGACAAUGUCGCGCCACCACCAUGGAAUAAGAAGACCUUCCGUUCGGGACCACUCUUUGAUCGGCUGCCCGACGAUGUGGUUUUGAAGAUUUUCAACUGGUUCGACAGUUGUGAGUUGUGUAUUUUGGCACGCGUGUGUCGACGUUUCGACCAACUCGCCUGGCGCCCAGUGCUCUGGAAGGUGAUCUCGCUGAAAGGUGAACACCUGAAUGGCGAUAAGACGCUAAAAAUGAUUUUCCGACAAUUGUGCGGGCAAACAUGCAAUGGCUCGUGUCCGGAAGUAGAGCGUGUAAUGCUCUCCGAGGGCUGUCGAAUAUCCGAUAAGGGUUUGCAGUUAUUAACGCGACGCUGUCCAGAAUUGACACAUUUGCAACUGCAAACCUGCAUGCAGGUGUCGAAUCAAGCGCUCAUGGACGUACUUACAAAAUGUACAAAUUUGCAGCAUCUCGAUGUGACGGGCUGCAGCCAGGUGGUCAGCAUCAGCACGCAUCCAAAUCUGGAACAACCACGCCGUCUGCUGCUGCAAUAUUUAGAUCUUACGGAUUGCCUUGUCUUAGACGACGUCGGACUAAAAAUCGUGGUGAAAAACUGUCCACAACUGGUGUAUCUAUACCUUAGACGCUGUAUAAAAAUUACAGAUGCCGGCUUGAAAUUCGUACCAAGUUUUUGCAUCGCACUCAAGGAGCUCAGCAUAUCCGAUUGCGUGAACAUUACCGAUUUCGGCCUCUAUGAACUCGCCAAACUCGGCGCUGUUUUACGGUACCUCUCCGUGGCGAAGUGUGAUCGCGUCUCCGAUGCUGGACUCAAAGUGAUCGCGCGUCGCUGCUAUAAGCUGCGUUACCUAAAUGCGCGCGGUUGUGAAGCGGUGAGCGAUGAUUCCAUUACCGUAUUGGCACAUUCCUGCCCGCGUCUGCGUGCACUUGACAUCGGCAAGUGCGAUGUAAGUGAUGCGGGUUUACGUGCGCUCGCCGAAAGCUGUCCGAAUUUGAAGAAGCUCAGCUUGCGGAAUUGUGAUAUGAUAACGGACCGUGGCGUGCAGUGUAUUGCUUACUACUGUCGUGGCCUACAACAACUGAACAUACAGGAUUGCCAGAUAUCGAUUGAGGGCUAUCGGGCGGUGAAGAAGUACUGUAAGCGCUGCGUUAUAGAACACACAAAUCCAGGGUUCUGUUGAAGCGUUAAGCGUUAGAUGUCGUAGUCGUACGCAUGGUUAUUUUCAUUUUUAGUAAAGUGUGUGUCACACACGGUGGUGAAUAGAGGCAAUAUAAUGAAUUUUCUUUAUGUGCAUUUAGGUUUUUUGGACUUUUAGCGUUUAGCAUUUGUUAUGCCCCUCACUCGAAAUACUCUGCAUUUAAACUUAUUCUCAUAAAGUAACUUUCAUCUAAACUUGGAUUCGUAAACGGAGUUGCAAAACUUCAAAACAUGGUCCUCUACCGUGCUUCAAAAUAUGCACAGCUGUCAGAAAAUCAUAUGCACUCAUAUACAACGGUAUAACUGUAUAUGUAUGUAGUUAUCAUUUCCUUUUAACCCAUCUGAUUCUCUUAGCAAUAAGCUACUUUGCAACGCAAGCGCAGCCUAUACUAGAUUUUCCUUUUUUUUCUUUUUUGAAUUCCACCAAACUUGUCAGUUUACGGAAAAUUAUGCUUAGCAAAUAUUUACAUAAAUAUAUGUUACUUCUUUUUUUUAAUUUUGUAGAAGCAAUGCGUGUUUAGGUAUGUGCUGUCUCAAGCGUUGUACAAACGUUUUUAUCUUCAUUUACUUAUAUAUAUAAUAUUUAUAAAAAAUAUUUUAACGAGCUUGUAAAUACAGUAGAUACAUAUAAAUUAUGCAAGUAAAUUAAAAUUUCCUUAAUUAUAAAUAUGAUAAUUGGUAAAACAAAAUAAUUUAGCAUAAUUCACAGUGUUUGUUUUUGUUUCUGUAAAUUAUAUUUUUUAUUGAAAUGCAUAUAAAAUCAUAUUAAAAAUAAAUGACACUCAACACAAUUUAACAAACACGCUUAAUUUAUUUGUUACAUAUAU